AGCUGCUGUCUGUUUCCCACUGCACUUCCAUUGUCCAAAGUUCAGGAGUCGAUAUUUAUCGGCGAUGGCAUCGUGUGGUAACCCGAUCGCUGACGAUAGCGCUUUGAUGCUCAGCCGACCAAGGUUCGACAAAGGGAAACAUUGCGUUAAAUGUAAGCUGAACCUAGGCAACAUCGUCAUACGCCAUGCAGUGUACUGCAGAGAUUGCUUUACUCCUCUUGUGAUUGUCAAAUUCCGGAGAGCUCUGGAGCCACAUGUUAAUGCCAACGCCGGUACCUCCAAACGUCCAAAAUUGAAGGCAUCUGGGUCCUUGGUCCUCGGUUUCUCAGGUGGACUCGGUUCUGCAGUACUCCUUGAUUUGGUUUACAAGUCAUACUUCGCGGGUCGUCCACCGACCGAUGAAAACGGUGACCCUCGAGGUGGGAUUAAUCAUCCACGAAAUGUAAGCGUAUGGACGAGUUGCGCUGUGUGUUAUGUCGAGGUUUCAAGCGCUAUCCCGGAGACACACGAGCGUACGGAGGAAAUGCGGAGUGCCCUUGCGUCAUAUCCCAACCUGAAAUUCAUCCCGCUUCGACUGGAAGAUGCUUUCGACGAAUCAUGGUGGUGCAGAAUGACAGGUAAACCUGACAUGUCCCAACUAACACUGGAGUUGGGGAAAGACGGUUUACCUAUAGAAGGCCUAAAUCCUGCUCACUCAUCCAACACUCUUUCCCCUAAGGAUGCCUUGCGUGCAUUUUUGACUGCUCUACCCACCCCAACCGCAGUUUCUAGGGCCAUACAGGUUCUUAUUCGUCUUUUAAUGCUCUUUACAGCCCAAUUUCAUGGAGCUUCCCACCUGGUUUUGGGAUCGUCCUUGACCACCUUGGCGGUGUCCUUGGUCUCUUGCGUUGCACAGGGAGGAGGUCACGCUAUCCGCGAGGAGUUUCAAGAAGAGUGGCCUCCUGGUUUAUCACCUGGCGUCGAACUCGGCGGAACAGUUCGCGUCGUGCGGCCUCUGAGAGAUGUCACCAUGAAAGAAUGUGCGGCAUAUGCCUGGUGGAAUGGAAUACGUGUACCCGGGAGACCAAGACUAACGCGGGUCAUAACGGGUAUCCCUGGUUUGACUAAAGAUUUCGUGGUUCGCCUCGAGAAGGACUACCCGUCCACGGUAUCGACAAUUGCACGCACUUGUGCUAAGCUAGAGCCGAAGGGUACCUCAGUGGGCGAGUGUUGGUUUUGUUGUCGUCACCUACAGGGAGGACUGGCAGAUUGGAAAGCCCGCAUAUCAAUACGAUCGCAUCCCAACCUGAAAGUCGUGGAAAGACUUGCUUCUUCGUCUCCUGCUGUUUCCUCGGUUCACCCAGACCAGACAUCCCGACUUCCUCCGCUGGAUACUCAUCUCUGUUACUCUUGCAUGACGAUGUUCACGAGUAGGAGUAGCAGGAAGUCAUCGUUUGCACCGCCCCUUAUACACCACCAAGAUAUGCCAUUGCCAAGAUGGGUGAAGCCGCAGGAUGCAGAGGAAGCAAUACCAGUUUCUAAGAACAGAGAACUUUGGGUUCGAAGUCGGCAGAGUGAAAAAGAGUGUCGAGAGUCGAUCGCUGAUUUCCUCUUACCAGAUAACUAAAAAGGAUUCGUCCAUGCUAAUUGUAUGAUGGUGUGACACUUGAUGCCAAAGCUCAGAAGCUGGAGGAAUGUCGUAGACCCCACUGCCUCACUGAAUGGCAGACGAGUGGACAUGGAUGUUCGCCACUCA